CAUGCAUAUAAAAGAGGUAUGGUUUUGGUCUCUAAUUGCGUACUCCACCGCUUCAAAAACCCAAAUAAAAAAAGAUCUACAUACAUAUAUUCUCCAAACACUGAGAGAAUCAAGCCCUAAUUAUUCUUUUUUUUUUUUUUUAUAUCCUUGAGUUGUUAGAGUAGUAGUAGGAGAUGGAAAAUGGUUGUGAUAAUGAGAAAUGGAAAUUCCGAGGAAACGAAGAGCUCAAUGCGGCUUCAAUCUCCGUCCGUGGUGUUCUCAAUUUGCUAAUGCAUAACAUCGACCCCCACCAUCCCCGUCCCACCAUCAUGUUGGGCCGCGGCGAUCCCACCGACUUUCCAAGUUAUCGGAUCACUCCCUCCGCCGUCGAUGCCGUGGUGGAUUGCGUCCGCUCAUUCUGCUUCAACUCUUAUUCUCCCACCGUUGGAAUUCAUUCGGCGAGAAGUGCAAUUGCAAAGUAUCUCUCCCAAGAUCUUCCAUACCAACUCUCUCCAGAUGAUGUUUAUCUAACUGCUGGUUGUACACAAGCAAUUGAAAUUGUAAUAUCAGCUCUGGCCCGUCCUGGUGCCAACAUUCUGCUACCUAGGCCUGGUUACCCACAAUAUGAAGCUCGAGCAGCUUUCGAUCGUCUUGAAGUUCGCCAUUUCGAUCUUAUCCCUGAAAGAGACUGGGAGGUGGACCUUGAUUCUGUUGAAGCUCUUGUAGAUGACAACACUGCCGCUAUUGUGAUCAUAAACCCAAGUAAUCCUUGUGGAAAUGUAUUCAAAUACCAGCAUUUGAAAAAGAUUGCAGAAACAGCGAGAAAACUUGGGAUUUUUGUGAUUUCUGAUGAAGUUUAUGGGCAUCUGGUUGUUGGGAGCAAUCCAUUCGUGCCAAUGGGAGAACUUGCUUCAAUUGUGCCUGUUCUCACACUUGGGUCUAUAUCAAAGAGAUGGCUUGUUCCUGGUUGGAGACUUGGUUGGAUUGUGACAAAUGACCCCAAUGAGAUCCUUAAGAAAACUGGGAUAGUGGAGAGCAUUAAGAACUAUCUUGACAUUUCCCCUGAUCCUGUAACCUUUAUCCAGGGAGCAAUUCCUCAGAUUCUUGAGAAAACAAACAAAGAUUUCUUUUCAAAUAUCCUUUCGAUAAUGAGAGAAACUGCAGAGAUGUUGUAUGACAGAGUUAAGGAAAUUCCAUGCCUUACUUGUCCACAAAAACCAGAAGGAUCCAUGGUUGCACUGGUCAAGCUAAACUUGUUGCUACUCGAAAACAUUAGCAGUGACUUGGACUUCUGUUUGAAGCUGGCCAAAGAGGAGUCCCUUAUUAUACUGCCAGGAGUUGCUGUUGGAUUGAAAAAUUGGCUUCGCAUUACUUUUGCUGUUGAGCCUCCUACCUUUGAAGAUGCCCUUGGAAGGCUGAAAGCAUUUUGUGAUAGGCAUGCAAUUAAGCAAUAAGUUUGUGUUGUGAGCAAAUAAAAUUGAGUGAUAUGAUGAUCUGUGACUUAGAUUGGAUCUACACUCUAGCUUAAAGCUAUUUUCACUUACUUCAUUACAAAAAAAAUGUACUUGAACCAGGUUGAACCUUAACCAGUUAAAUAAUGGAGAAAUGUGUAGCAUAUGCUACUUGUUCUUA